AUGCCUCCUGAGAAAGCCAAAGCCAAGACCGCCCAUUCCACUUCUCGCGAUCUUGUACCGGUUGGCCCAAGGCAUCUCUCUGCGAAGAAUCAGACCAAGCGAGACGAAAACGGGGACAAACCGACCACAGCUCGCGCACUUGUUCUUCGCAAUGGAAAAUAUGGCGCGCGUGGUACGGGAGAGUUAAUGGCCAUGGGGAAGAUGAGUGGUCGAGAGAAGCUUGACCUAUUGGCCGAGGAUCUCAUUGAACGCUCGAAGAAAGCGCUGGGCACCCCAUUUAGGCUCGAGCGAUGCAUCAACAUGGGUGAUUCUCAGCUCAGCGCGCAACUCGACGAUAUCAGCAACUUGCAAGACCCUGAUUUGUUUUACGACAAAAUUAAGACCGAGGUGUUGGCCCGUGAGCCGCGGUUGGGGAAGGAUGCACCUGAUCCUCUACGAAGCCGCGAUAAGGUUGUCCCAGUUGUAGCAUCCAGGAUUCACAAUGCAUACAUGAUGGCAGCUGCCUGGAGGCUGGUGGUAGAAACAUUGAGUGACUUGGCCGAGGAGGGACUUGAGGACAGUCCCGUCAAAUCUCAGCUGAAGAAGAGUGCUGGCUUCAGAGGCCGAUAUCUUGUUCUCUAUGACAUCGUCAACACACUUGCUCAAGCCGCUCAAGCGAAGUUUGCGCUUCUGGCUACUACAGCACCCCAUUACGAGCAAUACUUCAAAGUUCAAGUAGCGGACGGUAAGCGUGAGUAUAUUUUUGACUGGGAUGGUUUGAAGGCAGUGCACAAGUCCUUCCUCGAUUCCAUAAUUGUCGAGCUAUGUCUUCCGGAAUCAGCUAUCCCUAGGCAGGUCUUGUAUCAGAUAUUGCACGAAGCAAUUGAAGAAUCUCCUCGUGAUGCAAAGCUAUUUCCUCAGGCGGUCUGGGAUGCAGUCGGAGAUCUUUCAGUGAUUGUGCAGCUCCUAGAGAUGCUGGAGAGCCCGUUGCUCGGUCCUGAAGGGGAAACGUGGAAGAAGGAGACGCGCAAGAUGCCUGAGGAGUUUGAGGAUUGGGCGGAUGCUCAAAUUUUCUCUGCAAGGGCUUCCGAGAAAUACGCGAACUACGCGGACAUGAUAUUUCCUCUGGAGAAAACUAAAAGUCGCCAUGUUCUGGACAAUAUGUGGAGGCAGGUGGACAGGAACUACGAAGCCGUUUGCGGCAUGGAUGUUGAUUCCUUGUGGCAGUUGAAAGACAUCCGACAUCGGGCUCCUCAGUGGCAUGCAGUCAGAUUUUCUGGUAACAGCAAGUCUUACGACUCCGAUUCUGAUGGCGGUCGCCCUAAAUCCAAGGGUAGUAGAGGCAUGGGCUCGAAGGGUCGCAGACUUCCCGCUAUCAUGAACGGGCCCGCGGACGAUAGCGAUGCAGAUAUGCCGGAUUUGCAAUCUGUUUCUGACUCUUCGAGCGAGUACCAGAGUGAGAGUGAUGAUGACGAGGACGAAUACGACGAGGAUGAAGACGAAUCUGGGGGGUCGGAAGACGGAUACGACACCGACGAGGAGGAUGCUCUUCGUGAUAUGUUGCGGGAAGCUAUGGAUACUGCUGCAGCCACUCCGGAUUUCUUCGACCCUAAGAGUCCUGCUCCGGAGUUUGAAGCAUUGGCUGAGGAAAGGAAGGGCAACCCAUUUCUGAAGUUGUUGGGUUCUCUCAGAGGUCGCAUGUUCUCCUCCAAUCCGACUUUGAAGACUACUCCUCGCACCGAACCUCGACACCCAUUCGCACCAGGAAAGACGGGCGCUGUUCCACGGCCUACUCCCGUCCCACCGUCACCCGCGCCAUCACCGAAGAGUCGAAAGGCAACGGUGGAGGCCGUAGAAGAUGAAGAGGAACUGGCCGCCGCCGCGAAGAAAAAGAAAAAGAAGCCCAAGAAGAAGAAGAAAUCGGCUACCGCGGCUGCUGGGCAGGAACCUGUGGACGUGGCAAAUGGUGCGGCAACAGAGCCCACGUCUGUCCAAGCACCGCCGGUCAUUGUGACCCCACCUACGCAAGCGAGUAAAGCGAACGGCCAAGCCAAUACACCGUCGUCUACAAAGAAAUUCAAUGCCCCGAAAACACCUGCGAAACCUCCUGCUGUCAAUGCCUCGACCACAUCACUGCCUCACGUUCCACUUUCUCAUGUUCAAACUGCGCAGUCAGCGCACUCCUACCUCACGAGGGAAGGUCUCAUGAACCAGAAGGCCAAGGUUAAAGCCAAGCGGGAUCCCCUGACUCCCGUCCCAGAGAAGAAGGGCCUAUUCAGCCGGUUUAGGAAAGACAAAUCUAAGGACAAGGAAAAAGAUGCGGAGGCGGAGGAGUCGAAGAAGGGCAGCAAGUUUAGUUUCUUCUCGCGGUUGACCAAGCGGGCAAGGGAAGACAUGCACAAGUUAUUGGGUACCUCCGAGGACGAAACAAAGGGUAUUCAGCCGAUGAAGUGGGAGAGCUUCUUGAAGCUCAUGCGUGAAAUGGGUUUUGAAUAUGAUCCGAGUACCGCCGGUUCUAGCGUCCGCUUCGACCCUCCAGAUCCUCGAGAUGUGCCCAUCACAUUUCACAGGCCACACCCCGACCCCACGCUCUAUCCCAUAUUACUGAAAGAGUUCAGCAAGAAACUGAAGCGACAGUACGGAUGGUGCGAAGAGGAUUUCUACCGCUGA